AGCAUCUGAAUGGGUUCUUGUACCAGUGGGAAAAUUCAACACACACGUAACAUAGAAAUCAAAUCAUUAAGGUCCCCCACCAGGUACCCAGACACAGAGAACAAACGCACACCACAGAAAGCUAAAGAACAGCCCGCGUUGGUUCUACCCAUCCUCACCCAGUACAUGCAUGCUCUCACAGCGGCAGUCAUGUCCGGAGGGGGCGGGGCUAGAUGUGGGCGGUGACAUCGUGGCUGUAGGAAUCUGGAGUCUGUGGUUUUAAUCAGGACUUGUUCAGUUUUUGGAGAGCAACAGCAGCAGCACUGAGCACAGAAGAGGAUCCUGUCUGAUUAGCUCACCAUGGAUAACAUGCAAAUGGCCACGAUGUUCUCUGCUCUGUGCCUGAUGUGCAUGCCAGGAGUGCUAGCUGAUGACUGUGCACCUUAUAUUGGCGCUGAUUUAAAAGUCCAUAAACCUCAGACCUGUGUUCUAUCCUUCUGCUCUGGGACUUGUACAGAGCGCUAUUGUAGUUUCCUGCCUCCAUUGGCGCUGGAUCAGACUCAGUUCUUGUGUAUUGUAACUCACCUUUAUGUGAUCAUUGGCGUUAGUGUUGUACUUGCCGUAAUAUUAAUCGGUGGAAUCAUCUCCUGUUUCUGCAAAUCCCUUUUUCUGUGUUGCAGAGCGAGUCCAUCUUAUAUGAUCUAAGGGAAGAGUCCUCAAUGUCCUCUGUGAAGAUGCUGAAGCUCCACGGGAAAUCCUGUGACUGAUCCUAGCACUGGGCAGCUCCCCAUACAAUUAAAAGGUCUUUUGGAAAUCCUUGCGUUGGUUCUGAUAUUAAAGAGGAUCUAUACAUUGUGGACUUUGCUAGACCUACUCCCCAGUAUGUGACAUGACCUAAAGUGACUGGGCCUCCCUGACCGCGGGAGGCAUUUGAUAUGCCGGCUGUUUGGAUCCUGACGCUCACCAUGCUGACGACGGAACCCCAGCAGCCAGCACACCGACAACUUUUCUCCCUCUUGGGGUGUCCACAACACUCCUAUAGGGAGAAUAAAUAGCGUGGCGCGUAGCACGCCACCAUGCCCGCAAGGAGCUCUUUUGCGCUCACCCCGCUGCCUGCAUGCCGGCGGUCGGGAUCCUACACCCCCUGACCGCAUCUCCUGACUAUACAAUAAAAUUGUCAUUUAUCCACCAUGUAAAUACCUGACCAACCGGUGAUCACCAUCCCAAGCACCUUGGUCUCAUGUGCUUCCUCUACUGUCCUCCCCGCUCCCUUUUUGGUAUAUGUCUAGUUUAUAUAAUGCAGAAAUCUUCAAACUGCAGAUUGCAGAGUACUUAAGUUCACAUUAUUUAAAGCCAAGCUUUCUGCCCACUAAAGAUAUGGCUUUAAAACUUCAAGGGGAUAUCAAAUCUUGGAGAUAAAGUGGAAAAACUAAUCAGCUACUGUAAAAUUACAAUUGAUUGGAUAGCACUUUAUCUCUCCCAUAUAUGCUACAUUCCCCAUGUCUUAUGUAGGUAGACACCACUAUUAUCAAAGGCCAUUUUUGUUAAUCUGACAACGACGUUCAAAUCUGGAAAAACCUUCCAUGGUAUAAGCUGUGUACAUUGUCAAAUGCUAAAGUGUAUGACCCAAAUAACUUGCACCACAGUGAUGAACAAAAUAUUUUUAUGUUAAGUUUUUAAUGCAUUCAUAUGAUAGUUAAUACUUAGUCUCUGGAAAGUUAGUUCAUGUUGCAUCCAUAUUUGUUUUGUACUGGUAAUUCAUUCUCCCAUAUCACUUGCUCUAUAGCUGUAGAACAUAAUGCCUCUUUGACUUCCUUUGUAUUGACGAUAGAUUGCAUUCCUGUUGAUUUUAAUACGUAUUUAUUUUACUCUUUUCAUAGAUACGUAUUUAUUACAUUGUUGUAAGCUUACAUCUAUAUAUAAUUUGUGCAACUUUAUUUGUUUUUUUUUUUAAUGCUUUUUUUUUUUUUUGUAUUGUACAACUACAGCUUUAUAAUCUGGGUUAAAAUAUUAAUAAACAUUUUAAAGUAG